AUGUCUUAUAAUACCGGGAGAAGGCUUCGAACAAUAAUUUUUAUACUUUCUACAUUCUGCCUUCUAUAUUUAACUUUGGUAUUUUUAUCAUUCCCAUUCCUAUCACCGGAUGAAAAUAAAAACGAUCUAAUAAUACUACCGCCACUUCCUCCUCCAUCAAUUUCAUAUUGGUCAAUUUCACAAUGGCCAUCUGAUAUAAGAUAUGUGCCUUGUAUACCAAAAAUAUAUGUUUAUAAAAUUCCAGAAAACUUGAAAUCUCAGAGUUAUUACGAAUAUGAAAUAUGUAAAGGUUCGAAUUACAAUGUUGAAGUGACACUUUACGAACAGCUCAUCAAAUCUGGAAAAAUUAAUGACUUGUAUGUAACUUCUAACCCUGAUGAGGCCGAUUUUUUUUUCAUACCAUUUUUUGGCUCUUGCUAUUUAAUGAAUUGUUGGAAUACUAACAAUUGGGAUUAUACCAAACGAUGUGAAAUAGAGGAAAAAUAUUCGAUUCCUUUAAUGAAUUGGGUAAUUAAGGAAAACCCUUAUUGGAAUAAAACUAAUGGAAGGAAUCAUAUCAUGAUUCAUCCUAUGGAUCGAGGUUCACUUUAUUAUCCAGAAAGUCAAAUUUUUAUGUUGAAUGCCAGUUUCUUAACAGUUAUUGGUGAUAAAAGAAUUUCUGGUUUUAGGGAACAUAGGUAUCGACAUAUGCAAGAUAUAGUAAUUCCUUCAGUUACUAGGAUUUUGAAUGUGGCAAAAAUUAAUCCAAGGGAUUAUGUUGAUGCUGAUGGAAAUAGGAAUAAUAGAGAUGUUUUUGCAAUGUUUUGGGGUUGUUGUCAGAACGUUAAACCGGAUGACGAAUAUUCUCUUGGUAUUAGGUCGAUAUUGUUUAGUGGAUUGGCAAAAUCUCCAAGGUAUAAGAUUGAUGAAGAAGUGAAUCAUACACAUGAAGAUUAUGCCAAGUUAUUGACGAGAGCAAAAUUUGGACUCGCACCUCAAGGAUGGACUUUAGAUACUACUAGGCUUUGGGAAUAUUUAGCUUUCGGUGUUGUACCUGUCAUAAUUGCUGACGGAAUAGUACUACCUUUUGAAAAUGAUGUUGAUUGGAAAAGCAUGGCGGUUUUCAUUCGUCGAGAAGAUGUACAUCUUACCGAUGAGAUAUUACUUUCGAUAACUGAAAAUGAAUAUCAACGAAAAAGACAACGUGUGUGGGAAAUAGGUAGUCAGUUAUAUAAAAAUUCAUGGCAUUAUAUUGCACGAGAUUUAUGUAGAAAGCUGGAUCGAGUUGUGCCCACUGAGUUGGACUUGUAA